GAAUAUGACGCAGUGAAACACAAUUUAUCAAUCGUUGUAGACCUUAAUUUUUUAAAUAACAAAUUAUUUUUCAAAUAUAUCAAGAAUUUGGUUUUAUAUCUUAGUCAUACUCGAGGAUUUGAUAAGCAACUACGUUUGAAACAAUAAAAUAAUAUGAAUAAAUUAGGUGACGAUUCGGAUGAUUCAGACAUCGAAAUAAAAAGGUCAUUGGAAAUGAUGGAGGAUGUCCGGUGCACCUAUAUCGUCCGAAGAGAUCCUCCAAAUCGAAAAAUGACUUUAGCACCAAAGAGAAUGAGGGAUAGAAAUGAUAUGAUGCGAGAAAAGUAUCCAAGUUUUAGAGGACGUUAUGACAGUGAUGAGGAGGAGUAUGCACCGUCACUUCAAGGACGUGAGUCACCACCGAUAACAACGUGUUUUAAAACGAAGAAUAGGCAAGUGAUGCCAAUCAGAGAAUUGAUUGAAAGACCAUGGAGAAGUAGACGACCAAGCAGAAUCUGCAUCUUCAUUCGAGGUCCAUUAUAUUCUGGUAAGUCUUACAUCUCAAAAUGCAUCAUAGAAAAAGAAAAAAGCUAUGGAAAUGACAAGGCACAAAGGAUUAAUGGAGUUAAGCUUGCACGUCGUCGUGAAGACCAAGGCCGAGACGGUCCGAAAUUGCUCUUUGAGGAAUUCGAGAAUGCUGCAAAAUCUGGCUGUAAGUUUCUCGUUGUUGAGAUUAAGUCACGUAAAAGAUCAGUUUUUGAGACCUGCAUGAAUCUUGCGAGAACUUAUGAGUAUGAAAUGUAUGGAAUCGACAUCAUGGUUGAUGUACAAUCGAAGAGUUACAAGUCCAAAGCGAGAGAAGUAGGUUGUUAUUCUUAUGAGACAAUGACCAAUGCUUAUGUAAAGGAAAUUAAAGCUUUUCCAAUGCCACGUUCCAUUACAAUGAUAAAUCCAAUUGGAAUUUUUCCAAACACCUAUAAAAUUCCAUUAUACAUGAAUAAUGUCGACGACUUUUCUAAAAAUCACAAUUAUGGACAGCCCAAAACUUGUGAGGAUGACUUUUCAGUCGUUGAUGAUGCAACCUACGACAUUUCAACUGUUAAGGAUAUCUAUGACUAUUUUCCAGAAAAUAUUCGAUAUUCUGUCAAUUUUGAGGAUGAUGUGGUUGAUAAGAUCGGUGACUUGAUUGUUAACAAGAUACAGGCACCUUACAAGUCAGUCAUUGAUCUUCACUUGGAAAAAUUUCCAUCAUGUGAGCCUAAAAAAGUCAUCGAAUACGAACAUAAGACCAAAUGGAUUGAUGAUGGAAAGAUUUUGGAAGUAAAUCCAUCAAAGAUUUUUGAUUACAGUCACAAUCGUACACAGUACUUGUUGAAUAUGGUUGCAGACAUUGACAUCGAUACUGUAAUUGAAGAAAAAAAAGCUAAAAAGAUUGAUCAAAAGUUAAACUUUUACAAGCAAUUUGAGAUGACGAAAAGCAUGACGACAAGCUUAUAUCCACAAAAUUGGGAAAAGAUUAACGUUCAACGUCCACCGUUGAAUGGCAAGCGAAAGAAGAAAAAGACAAAAAAAAUCUUGAAAGUUCUUGACCAAAAGUCAAUGACAACUGUCCAAAAAGGUGUCAAAAGAAUGAAACUUGAAGAUCCAAAUAGUCAAGGUGCGAACCAAGAAGAUGCAUCCAUGAAUGUCGAUAUUGAAGCUGCAAUUCCUUACUAUAUCGAUGAAGUCAUGAAUAAGAUAAAAAUUGAUGGUAAAAUUGAGGAUAAUAACCAGAAAGCAUUUGAUUACAUCAGGACAUUAUAUGUAAGACUUAAUGAUAUUCCUGAAAUGUCUACAAUUCUUCAACUCGUCGCACAAGUUGAUCACUUAAAGAUUAAAUUUAAUUUUUGUGACGGUAAAGCAUUCUGUUAUAAUCCAAAGGAAAAUUUGAUGGAAAUUAAUGUCAGUAAUGUUGAUGAGGCUGACAUCUUGAGGACAUUAGGACAUCAACUAAUGCAUUGUGCUGCACAUUGGACUUUUAAGAAUAACGCUAAACCAUUUGUUGAGCAUGAUGAUGAUAAAAAAGAGGAACUGCAAAGAGUUUUUAUCGGAAUUGAAAUCAUCGAAAGUGAAAAACAUGAAAACUUCCGUAAAAUGAUGAACAAAUAUUGUGAAAGUGUUUGGGAUGUUGAGGUUGUUGGCAUUUUUGGUGAAUUGAUUGUUGAUGGACGAACUGAUGAGUUGAAAAAAGUUGACAAUUUGUGGGAAUUUUAUACAAAAAUGUUCGAAGCAAUUGAAAAUUUUGGAAAACGAUUCAAGUCUGGAACUAAACGUGGUGUCUUUUAAGAAUGUAUUUUGAAUUUUUUUUAUUAAAUUGCUGAAUAUUUUUGACAUAAAUAUUUAUCAAAAUACAAUCAACACAUUUGUCUAGGUCUGAAAAAAGCUGCCAAUUUUUAUCAAAUUGGUUCAAUAAAACUUGAUCUGAAAAGAUCUAAAAAGUUAACAAAAAAGUAUAAAGUUACAAUCAGGUUGAAACCAAAUUACUAAGCAAAAUUUGGAAAUAAAUAAAUCAUGAUCCAUUCAUAAGGUAUGUAAAGUGUCUUAGAUUUGUUUUCAAUAUUUUUACCAAAUUCAGCAAAAAAUUACCAAAUUUCAGUUGAUUUAAAUUUAAAGUGAAAAAAUGUGAAUAGUAAAAAAUAAUAAAAAAGAGCAAAGGUAUGUAAAACCUUUCAAAUCAUGCUGGUUUUUCAUAUUUCAUCAAAUUUUAGUAUAUUUUGAUUUUGAGAACUUUUCGACAAAGAAAAGUUCUGAAUGCAAUUUUUAAACUUUUGUUGUAGGAUACAAGGUUUCGCAUGGACACUAAGAUUGGAAAAUUCUGAUUUCUGUACAGAUUUAAAAAUCAAAUGGGGUCCUAUUCUGAGUAUUUAUCAAUUUUAAUCAAAUUUUAAUAUUUUGACUUCAAAAUCAACUAAUCAACGACUAGUAAUUUAUGAAAUCUUUCUUCAGCCUAGAUUAAGAUGUGAAAAUUUCAAUAUUAUUAAAUUAUGAAUUAUAAUAAAAAUAUUGGUAUAGUUUUGAUUGGAACUUUCAUUGAUUUUUCAAAAAUAAACCGAAAAUUUCAUUUUUAUGCCUUUUUUAAAAGAUUAUAAAAAAAUUUUAAUUAAAAAGUUUAAAAAACUUGAUUUUUUGAAACAAAUUUUGAAGUUUAUUUUAAGAAAACAAUCUUUAAACAAAUUUCCAUUAAUUUCCUUAAUUUCAACCUUUUUUGAAAACACUUUUUUAUUAAAUUUUAAAAGAGUUGUGGGAAAAUAUUGCAUUAUCAUAAAUAAUCUUUGUAUUUUAAUAUUUCAUUACCAAUGUUUAAAAAAAAAAUUGUUGAUUUUUUAAGUUUAAAUCGGGAACCCUAUUUUCUUUUCUAAAAUAUUCUUGUGUCCCAAAAUUUCCUCACAUAAAAAAAUCUUUUGAAUUUUAAAAAAGAAUUUGAAAACAGAUUUUAAUUUCAUUUCUAUCAACAAAUUAUUAUUCAAAUUAAUUAUUGAAAUUAAUUAACAAAAAAUUUAAAGAUCAAAACUAGAUACACAUUAGUACCUUUUUAUUUAUAUAUAUUAGGAUAAUUAGAAUUAUUAUUAUUAUUUUUUUUUCAAAAUAUUAAUAAAAUGUCUUCGUCU